AUGAAACCGGCUACUGAUCUGUGUCCUAAGUGCCAAAGAUACGUUCACAACAUCAGCAAUGCAGGGAACUUGUCUGAGGAUGAAAAGAAGGCCAUGCUGGAAGAGUAUACCUGUCACCUGGACAGAGCCAAGGAACAGAGGGAGUAUUACAGAGAAAGGACAAUUGAUUUUACUCAGCAAGUCCACUAUCCUCACCAUGCACAAGAAGUAGGGCCACUAUUUUUCAAGACCCCUAGAAAGUGCCAAGCCUUUGGUGUUUGUGCAGAAGGAGCAGGUGUGCAAAGAUUUUAUCUUGUUGAUGAAGCUGAGGAAGUGGGGAAAGGAGCUAACACAGUUGUCAGUCUUCUGCAUCAUUUUUUUGAGCAUUGGGGAUGUGGAGAGAAGGAUGUUGUGUUGCAGAAGGAUAACUGCACUGGCCAAAACAAAAACAACACAAUGAUAAGAUAUGGCAUGUGGAGAGUUUUGACAAGCCGACACCGCAGUGUUGAAUUCUCACUAAUGGAGGCUGGGCACACUAAUUUUAGUCCAGAUUGGCAUUUCGGCCUCUGGAAGAUGAAGUGGAGACACUCAACUGCAGAAACUCUAGAUGAAGUAGCGGCAUCAGUGAGGCAAUCUUACAGAAAUGGUCACAAUAUCCCCCAGCUGAUCAGUGAUGUUGACAGGCCUGUUACAUUCUAUAACUGGUCUUCUUUCUUUGAUUCCUACUACUUCAAGAAAUUACCUUCCAUCUCAAAAUUUCACCAUUUUAAGAUUUCUGCAGACAGUCCAGGUGCUGUCUCAGUAAAGACAUAUUAUAGCUCAGAAGAAAAAUUGGUCAACAUUUUGAAAAGAGGUCAGCAAGUAUUUAACACUGUAACUUUGCCAUCAGUCAUUGAACCAAAGGGCCUUGAUGCUCUAAGACAGUGGUAUCUGUAUGAUGAAAUAAGACCAUUCUGCAGGGAUACAUCUGACAGUCUGGAGUCAUGCCCCAAACCUCUGUGUCCAAAACUUCGCAUCAAAGUGGAUCCAGAAAAAAGAAAAAGAAAUUGCUGUGCCAGAGAGUUAAGAUACUUCAUGGAGAUAGACAUGUAUUGA